AUGGUGAGCCGGAGAAGAUUACCCCUAAAAUGGACAGAGAGCCAGAGAAGGGACGGUGACGGUCUCACGGAGUUCGACGGGCAGCGAAGCGGCGAAGGGAGGGACAUGAUGGAAACAGAGCUUGGCGGAGACGAUGCCUGCUCUGGAUUUGGGUUGCUGUCUGUCGAGUCCUGUUCCUGUCUCUUGGCUCUUGGAUGGAGCUUUCACUAG